AGGCGAAGCUGGAGCCAGACGAGAAGGCACCCUUACGACAAGCGGGGCCUGGCGCUGCACUGCGAGAUGUGGAAAGCCAAGCUGGAGCCCGACGCCAUCAUGAUUGCCUUUCGGCCCUGCAGCCGCACCCCCCCGCGCUUGCCCAGAGACCCCUCGCCACGUCGAGCUGAUGUCGUGGACGGAGUCCACAGGUCUGCCCUAGUCAGCUACAACGCUGGGAUCAGCGCGUGCGAGAAGGGCGGGCAGUGGCAGCCGGCGCUGGCGCUGCUGAGCGAGAUGUGGGAGGCGAAGCUGGAGCCCGACGUCAUCAGCUACAACGCUGGGAUCAGCGCGUGCGAGAAGGGCGAGCAGUGGCAGCGGGCGCUGGCGCUGCUGAGCGAGACGCGGGAGGCGAAGCUGGAGCCCGACUCAGUUACAACGCUGGGAUCAGCGCGUGCCAGAAGGGCGGGCAGUGGCACGCUGGGAUCAGCGCGUGCGCGAAGGGCGAGCAGUGGCAGCGGGCGCUGGCGCUGCUGA